CAUCUUCUCGCCAGGCUGGCUGGAACAGACAUGGCCUUCACCUUUGCUGCCUUCUGCUACAUGCUCACCCUCGUGCUGUGUGCUGCGCUCAUCUUCUUCGUCAUAUGGCAGAUAAUUGCAUUUGAUGAGCUGCGUACCGACUUCAAGAACCCCAUCGAUCAGAGCAACCCCACCAGAGCGAGGGAAAGAAUUCUGAACAUUGAAAGAAUCUGUAAUCUCCUUCGAAAGCUGGUGGUCCCAGAGUACUCUAUCCACGGCCUGUUCUGCCUGAUGUUUAUGUGUGCUGGAGAGUGGGUCACUCUGGGCCUCAACAUUCCUCUGCUCUUCUACCAUCUCUGGAGGUUCUUCCACCGCCCGGCGGACGGGUCAGAGGUCAUGUACGACCCAGUCAGCGUUAUGAACUCAGACAUCCUCAACUACUGCCAGAAGGAGUCCUGGUGUAAGCUGGGUUUCUACCUGCUCUCCUUCUUCUACUACCUGUACAGUAUGGUCUACGCCUUGGUGAGCUUCUAA